AUGCCCUCGUCUUGCGUCAAGCAUCUUGUGUUGAUUUACGCAACAGACUCCCUGGAGGACCGUUAUGAUAUCGUUCGUGGUAAUGCCAGCAUAGCCCUUGUCCGGCAUCGCAAGAACAGCACAGUCGCGGUGUCGCGCUCGACUCGACUAGGCAAUUUGGAUCUCGUCCACCACAUUUCCCAUCCUAACAUUGCCACAAUCCAUGCCAUAUUUCUGAACGAGAAGAAGAGUUACGUCAUUUACGAACAUCUCGAAGUAGACUUAGCGAGCCUUUUCUUAACGACAGAAGUGGAACUAGCAUCCGCCUUAUCCCAGCUGCUCGAUGGUAUUCAGCAUCUGCUCGCCAACGGCGUCCCGUUCUCUGCAGACAGCGUGCAAGUCUCCCUGUCCGGAAUCGUGAAGAUAGUGUUGAACAUCGGCUUUCGACCUUGUGAUAAUUUGGUGGUGGAUCAGCACUAUUGGGCCACUGUCUGUACCGAUAACGUAAAUCCGGAAAGGCGGCCUCUCAUGAGCUACCGUGAGUUAGAGUUCUUUUCGAUGCUUAAACGCGGAACACUACCGAAUCGAUAUCACCGCUUUUUGCAUCAAUCGCAGGGGCCCCGAGGCUUGAUAGCUUUGGUGGGCCAAGCAUUGCAAGUAAAACAAGCCGCGGUACUUGCGCCCAAACCACGUAACAGUGUGCCUGACAGUCUACAUCAAAGACUCUCAAUCGGAAACGCUGGUCUUUAG